AUGGACCUUGUCAAUCAACUCACACAACUUUCAGCGAAACUAGACGCGUGUUCAUUACCUCAUGCACUCGAAGCUAUUAUAAGGACAGAAAAGGCGAUUGAAGAAAAAACGGAUGAUCAUGUACACACACUCCAGCAAGAUUUGGAAGCCUUAAGGCAUCACUAUACCUCAUUGGAAAACAAAGAAAAAGAACUAGAACAAGCCUAUCAGACGCAUAUAGCUCAAAAAGAAGCUCAAGAGGCCCAGGAAGCACAGAUGGCGAAUCAACUAUGGCAAGAAGAACAAGCCCAUCAAGCAUUAAAGCAAGAAAUAGAAGCACUUGAAGCAGAACUGUAUGAAUUAGAAAAAGAACAAGAGCCUUCAUUAGAAGAUCCAACACAGAUUGAUCAGCUGUAUCUCUCGAUUUAUCAUGGACUAGGCGUUGUGCCUAAAAUGGAACAUGGCCAAGUGACGAAAUUUGUGUUAAGUAAGUAA